AUGUUUGCAAAGCCAGAAUGCUCCAGUAGUAGUGACUAUUGGCAGCAGUACCCUUGCCUGCAGUCUGCUCAGCCCAUGCUCCAUGAGUGUUCGAGGAACUCUCACGAACUACUCCCACUUCCUUUCCACUCCAAACCCUCCAAAGUCUUGCUUCCUCACUCAUGCCAGAAGAAACUGGGGGAGGAUCCAAACGAAUUUACUGAAUGGAAUGACACAGAGAGAGAUUUUAGAAUACUUCCUCCAAAAGAAAAACUGAAAGAUGAAACUGAAGAAAUGGUUUUACACUUGCAGAAAGAAGCAGAAGUGAAACCAUAUGAAAGAACGAAUCUUGAAAAACUGAAGAAAGCUGAAGAUGACUUUGAUGAGGCUGAUAGGAAAGCUAUUGAAAUGUACAGGCAGCAACGCUUGCAAGAAUGGAAAUGUCUUCAGAGGAGGCAAAAGUAUGGGGAGCUAAGAGAAAUUGGUGGAGAGCAGUAUGUAGAGGAAGUUACAAAUGCUCCAGAGGAUGUUUGAGUUAUAAUUCAUCUUUAUCGGGCAAGCAUCCCACUGUGUUUACUGGUUAAUGACCAUCUCAGCCUGCUGGCCAGGAAGUUUCCAGAAGUCAAGUUUCUCAAAGCCGUUGUAAACAGCUGCAUUCAGAGUUACCAUGACAGAUACUUACCCACAAUACUUGUAUAUAAAACUGGUGAAAUAAAAGGCAGGUUCAUUGGAGUAGCUGAAUGUGGGGGAAUAUAUCUUAAAGUGGAAGAGCUUGAAUGCAAACUAGCAAUUGGAGCAAUAGAAACUGACUUAGAAGAAAACCCCCAAAAGGACAUUAUGAAUAUGAUGACACUGUCAGCGCAAAAUAUUUCUGCUUGUGAAGACACUGAUACAAAAAAGUGA